CUCCCCCCCCCAGCCGCCGCGCCGCUGUGUCACUCAGAUCUCUAUGGAGACGGGAAUCAACAGCUGAGCCUCGCCCGGACCGGCCGCCCAGCCUUUCCCAAAGCAAAAGGCGUUCUGCAAAAAGGCGCAGCGAGGUAGACGGCGAGCGGGGGCACCAUGGCCGAGAGCACAGACAUGGAAUCCUUGCAGGAAAGCUUCCGGAAAUUUGCCAUCUAUGGGGACACCAAAGCGACAGGUCAAGAAAUGAAUGGCAAGAAUUGGGCCAAGCUGUGUAAAGAUUGUAAGGUGAUCGAUGGAAAAGGGGUCACCAGCACAGAAGUGGACAUUGUCUUCAGCAAGGUGAAAGCAAAAUCAGCCCGGGUCAUCAGUUUUGAGGAAUUCAAGCGGGCCUUGGAAGAACUGGCGCCAAAGCGGUUUAAGGAUAAAAGCAACGAGGAGGCUUUUGACUCCAUCUGCGGACUGGUGGCAGGCAAAGAACCGGCCAACCUGGGCAUCACUAAAGCCAAGAAUCUGGGGGCUGUGGAGAGGCUGACGGACACCUCCAAGUACACUGGAUCCCACAAGGAGCGCUUUGACGAGAGCGGGAAGGGCAGAGGAAAGAGUGGGCGGGAGAACAUCGUAGACAACAGUGGCUAUGUAUUGGCCUACAAGAACGCUGGCACCUACGACGCCAAAGUGAAGAAAUAAGGGCACGUGCCUCUGCUGAAGAAGGGGGUGCCCCAGUCACACAUCCCCCUUGCUUUGGGGGGUGGGUUUGGUGGGCCUAACUCCCGGGUUCCGAGUUGCAAAACGAAGGGUUGCUGCUGUUCUCGAUUUCUUGGCCUGGCCUUUUGCUUCUCACACCCCUAAAGCUUCAUCCGUAACACCCCUUUGUCUCAGAUUUCUGCCCCUGGCUUUUCCUCACCCUCAACAGCUUCUCAGGCUUCGCCAACCCACCCACUCGCUCAGCUGGGAUCAUCACAAGACUAAAUAUGGCUCUCUGGGGGAACCUCGCUUGGGUGGAACUUCGGCUUCUCACGUAGCAGCUGUUAAAGGCACCAGGGGCGGCUGCCUUCCCCACAAGUCUCCGACCUCUGAAAAGGCCUCAUCGACCUUGUCCACAUGUGCCAGUGCUCAAAUCCUCUCACCUAGCCUGUAACCUGCCCUGACCAUCUGGGUUGGAGUGCAGCUCCCAUUGGUCGUAGCCAGUGUGGCACUCUUGUCUGGCGUAAUGGGAGUUGUAAUCCCACACCUCUGAAGUGUGACUGAUUGGGGAAUCCUGUCCUUGGGCAUCGUUUCACCGCUUCCGAGCUGUAUAAGUCAAGCUGUAUAUGAAUAAAGCACUACUAAAUAUAUUCCUCAA